AUGUCGGAUGGAAGAAGUUCUAUGGAUGAUGAACUAGAGAGGAUGUGGAAAACUCAAUUAGAGAGCAUUCAGGCGAUAUCAGGUGACAAGAAAGACCUUAAAAAGCACAAUGACCUUCCGAUAGCAAGAAUAAAGCGAAUUAUGAAGUCAGAUCAAGACGUACGAAUGAUCUCAGCAGAAACUCCCGUAGUCUUUGCACGCGCUUGUGAAAUGUUCAUUAUGGACAUUACUAUUCGUGCGACCCAAUUUGCGGAGUAUGAUAACGAGCGAUUAGUACUCACAAAGAAAUCUAUCUUAGAUACGAUCAAACACACGGAUAUUUUUGAUUUUCUAAUGGAAAUUCGCUAG